CGCGCCCGCCCCGCGUGACGCCGCCGCCGCGCCGCCAUGGAGCGGGAGGCGGCGGAGCUGCUGGCGGCGGCGCAGGCGCAGCUGGCGGCGCGGCGGCUGGCGGCGGCGGAGGAGCUCUACAGCUGCCUCAUUGCCCGCUGCGCGGGGCCCGCCGCCGGCGCCGGCCGCCACCUCGCCACGGCCCUCAACGACCGCGGCCAGAUCAAGUACUUGCGGGUGGAGUUCGGCGCCGCCAUCGAGGACUACACGGCCGCCAUCGAGUGCCAGCCCGGCUUCGAAGUGCCCUACUACAACCGCGGCCUGGUGCUCUACCGGCUGGGAUGCUUUGAUGAGGCCAUGAAAGAUUUCAGGAAAGCAUUAGAAUUAAACCCCCAGUUUGAAGAUGCUGCAUUGAGUCUAAAACAGGCUAUUCUUGAUAAAGAAGAAAAACAAAAGCGAGGUUAUUGAAAAUGUGGCUAGUGGUAUGAAAAUGUUUUUCUAGACGUUAUUUUUCUCAUUAAUGGAUGAAACACAAGAUCACUUGCAUCUGUUAUGACCUACUGAAGAAACCUCAUUCUUUGGUAAAUAAGUUAAAAAUGGGUAACGGUUGUGAAAUAAACUAUUUUUGGCUAUUGUUAGUGUUGAGGAAAAGCAUAAUGCUGGAAGGCUGUGAGAUGCUUGUACAGACUUUGUAUAGAAGUACUUCAUAAAGAGGUUGAAAGCUCAGUAACAGCAAAUGAAAUCUGUAGUUUUAUUAAAACUGUGUUCCUGUACUCUUUCACAGAUGGUUUUAAAUAGUCGUUCAUGGGGAGGAAAAAUCAAACUAUAUAAAACAUUUAAAUACUUGAGAUUGGAGCUUGUGAGAAGUACAGUGGUUUAAUACUGAUAGUGUUUGUCCACUUUUAAAUGUCAGCGUGAUUUAUGCUAAAAGUGCAAUUGUUACAACAGUUACGAGGUGUUGUCAUUGAGAUGCUAUGAUAACUGAUUUUCUUCUUAGAGUGUUUUCUGUAUUAAGAAACACUUAACAGAAACAAUGAGAUCUUUUUAGGUAACACCAUCUGUACCUUGCAUGAGGAAUGUGGUAUAAGUAUGCAGUCACUUUUGUAUGUUCGCUUAUUCUUAGGGGUAGUUUUACGUUACCUGAACAGGUAGGAACAGAGCAUACCUAUUUUUAAUAAUCCUAUUGUGAAAGUAUUUGAGACAUUAAUAAUUGAACGAAUAAAAGUGAAGAUGUAGUUCUUACAGACAGUCAUGAGAUAAAGAUCUUGUCAUAGAGAAUGUAGUUUGGCUAUUCACAGUAGGAAUUGUGGCUUUCUCCUUGUCAAUUGCUUGAAAAAUAUGUGACAUCUCUCUGAUUGAACUGUCUGAAAUACCCAGGCAGUUUUGUUUCUCAAACGAGGGCAAGGACUAUUACUGAAAUCUGUAAAUCAUCACAAGAAACAUCCUUGCAUGUUCGUAGCAAUACAAGUUCUAAUAAAAGAAAUGCUCAUGUGGGCAAUCAAAAGAG